AUGGCUUCAGAGAAACUAGCCAUGGCCGAGCAUGUCGAAAAACACGACUCAAUUACCCCAGAGGCAGAAGGCCAUGCCCUGCCCGGGCACUCAGACCUAAAGACCAGCACCGAAGCCCACGCUGCCAUCGAAAAUGAACACAACAUGACCCCCUGGCAAGCGCUGAAACUCUACCCCAAAGCGGUAGGCUGGUCCCUGCUCCUUUCAUGCGCAAUCAUCAUGGAAGGCUACGACGUCGUCCUCAUUGGCUCGUUCUUCGGCUUCCCAGCCUUCAACGAGAAAUACGGAGGCCUAAUGUCCGACGGAAGCUACGGCCUAGCCGCCAAAUGGCAAGCAGCUCUCACGAACUCAAUGUCCUGCGGCCAGAUCAUUGGUCUGUUCAUCAACGGCAUCGUUUCCGAGCGCUACGGUUACCGCAAAACCCUAAUGGCCUGUCUCGCCUCAACAGUCGCCUUCAUCUUCAUCCUCUUCUUCGCCCCAAAUGUCCAAACCCUCGUCGUCGGCGAACUGCUCAUGGGCAUCCCACUCGGCGUCUACCAGACCCUCACCGUAACUUACGCCUCAGAAGUCUGUCCCGUCGCACUGCGCGCCUAUUUAACCACCUACGUGAACCUAUGCUGGGUCUUUGGACAGCUGAUCGCCUCAGGCGUCCUGAAAGGUCUCGCCGACCGAACAGACGAAUGGGCCUACCGCAUUCCCUUCUCCAUCCAGUGGGUCUGGCCCAUCCCCAUCUUUAUCGGCGUGUACCUCGCGCCCGAGAGCCCGUGGUGGCUUGUUCGUCAGGAUCGCCGCGAAGACGCCGUCAAGGCUGUUAGGCGGCUCACCCGCGCCGACAUCCAGGGCUUUAACCCCGAGGAAACGGUGUCCAUGAUUAUAUACACGAAUGCGCUGGAGAAGCGCGUUCAGACCGGUUCUUCGUACCUCGAUUGCUUUAAGGGAACGGACCUGCGCCGCACGGAAAUCGCUUGUUGUGUCUGGGCUGUGCAGAGUCUCUGUGGCGCUGGGCUAAUGGGCUACUCGACGGUCUUUUAUCAGCGUGCUGGGCUGGCGAUCUCCCAGUCUUUCACUAUGUCAUUGGCGCAGUAUGCGAUUGGCGUCGUGGGGACGGUCAGUUCGUGGGUCAUGAUGACUUACUUUGGGCGGCGCACGCUGUAUGUGAGUGGACUAGUUAUGUUGGCUGUUGUACUGUUCGUUAUUGGAUUUGUGUCGAUUGCGCCGGCGACCUCGGCGAUAUCUUGGGCUACGGGGUCGAUGCUACUUGUUUAUACGUUUGUUUACGACUCGACCAUUGGGCCGGUAUGUUUCUCACUGGUUUCUGAGAUGCCAUCUUCGAGACUUCGAAUCAAGACCGUUGUCUUGGCGCGAAAUUUGUAUAAUGUGCUCAAUCUGGUGACGGGCAUUAUCAUUCCUUACAUGCUGAAUGUGGAUGCUUGGAAUUGGAGGGGCAAGUCUGGGUUCUUUUGGGGUGCGCUUUGCGUUUCAUGUCUUGUUUGGUCUUUCUUUAGGCUUCCUGAACCCAAGGGUCGGUCUUAUGCUGAGUUGGAUGUCUUGUUUGAGAACAAGGUGCGCACUAGGCACUUCCCAGCUGCGAAGACAGGCUUGGUUCAGGAUGAGCUCAAGGGCGAGGGGUCUGCUUAA